AAGCGUGAAGACGUUGCUAGCUGUUUGUUUUCGAGUUUGUUUUUUCCGUAUUCCGUAUUGCCUUGGCUCUUUGUUUAUUUUCUUGUAUUAUUUUUUUUGUUUGGCGCGAGUUUGAGUCGCGUUCGAGCCGCGUUUACUUGUUAUUGCCUUGCUGCUGAGGGCCUGUGAUUGUGAUUGAUAUUCUGUGGCAGUGCGCCGAGGUGAAAGAGAGUGAGCAACGAUCGAGGAGCAGUAACUGCUGGUAUCCGUCGCAUAAUUGGUGUCAGCGAUUCGAAACGGCCCAAAUGUGUUGGAAACGGCUGGCAAAAGCGUCACUUGCCAUUUGCAGCUCCGCAAUCGCGGAUCGAAUUGAACUCGGGCCAAUUGAGCCACUCCACAGCUGACUCCACAGCUCUCCAUAGCUCCACAGCUCCACAGCUCCACAGCUCCAUAGCUCUAUAGCUCCACAGCUCCAUAGCUCCACAGCUCCAUAGCUGCAUAGCCAGCACCACACACACCUGAGCAGAAAGCCAACUGAGUGUUUUCCCGAAGGUCGACCGCAUCUUUACAGGCUUUCGACGACUCUGCGUCACCGGCUCAAGAAUGUGUUAAUUCGGUGAUUCAAAAACAAUAUCGACGGCGACUGGUCCGCAGCAGCACUUCAGUCGACGACUCGAAAUUUGCAUAAAAAAGUAAACAAACGCGAAUCAUAAAAAUAAGAGAAAAUAAGCAGUGAUCAAAUCGAAGCGAAUUCCACACUCCAUACAUCAAUCGAUACGCUAUGAAAGUGAAUACCUGAGAAACGAGUGUGAAAUAUUUCAUAAAAUAUUUAUACAUCCUUUAAUAAUUAUGUUUAUAUGGCAUAUGUAAGCACUUAAAAGCUUUGUGAUAGUGAAAUUCGUGUUAUCAAUUUGCUUAUCAUAUUGUACCUUCCAUAUACUAUGUAUGCUAUGCAACUGAUAAGUGAAACUUGCACUUUUCUCCACAAAGCCUGAGGAGGAGCAUCAUCGAAGAUGAUGCAUCGAAAGCGUCUGGAGCUGAUGCUGAUGGUGCUGAUCGGUCUGGCCUGGGGACUACUGCUGUCCGAGCUGAUGAAGCGCACUCGUGGGCAUAAUCGCUCCGAUCGGCUGAAGGAGGAGAGCAGUCCCUUUCCCAGCAGCCAGCGGAGCAGGAUCCUAGCCACGCCACCACCCACCACUGGUCCACCGACCACAAGUCCACCGCCGGACAUCCUGGCCGCGCGCCUCUUCAACGAGACACGCGUGCUGUGCAUGGUGCUGACCAGUCCGAAGACGCACCACAGCCGGGCCAUCCACAUCAAGCGCACGUGGGGUGGGCGCUGCAACAAGCUGAUCUUCAUGAGCAGCAAGGCGGACAGGGAACUGGGAGCGGUGGCGCUCAACGUGCGGGAGGGCUACUCCAAUUUGUGGCCCAAGACGCGGGCGGCGCUGCAGUACGUCUACAAGCACCACUUCCAGAAGUACGACUGGUUCCUGAAGGCCGACGAUGACACCUAUGUUAUUAUGGAGAACCUGCGCGCCUUUCUACACGCCUACGAUUUCAGGCAACCGGUUUAUUUUGGAAACAAGUUUCGCCAGCAUGUGAAAGAGGGAUACAUGUCGGGAGGAGCGGGCUAUGUGCUGAGCAAGAUGGCACUGCACCGGCUGGUUAAGCUGGGCUUUGGCAACAGCAGCAUCUGCACCAGUCGCAACUACGGCUACGAGGACGUGGAACUGGGACGCUGUCUGGCGGGAGUGGGCGUCGUGGGUGGCGAUUCCCGGGAUGAGCAUGGGUUGAGUCGCUUCAUUCCCUUCUCGCCACUGCACUGGUAUCCCCAGCCGCCGGAGUGGUACCAGCCACUGCUCUACUACACACCAUCAGAUAACUCCAGUGACUGCUGCUCAAACACGGCCAUCUCGUUUCACUACAACAACGCACAGGAGUUCUACGUGCUCGAAUAUAUUAUCUACAAGCUGCGAGUUUUUGGCCUAAAUAGGGAACUGGGUCAAUUGCCAAAAAAGAAAACAAAUUCCAGGCCAACUUCGAGUCAUUUUCAGGCCAAAACGGCUGAGCUCGAGCAAAACGCUCUUAACAAAAUGGCGCCAGGCAAAAAUGUCGCAAAACCAAAUUACCGAACUAAGAUCAUCGCCAAGAUGAAGAAAUAAUAUUACCAUUAGGAAACUUUCAUUUGGAUUGACUGCAACAGACUAUGCCAAAGAGUAACACCAAGAUAACGAUAAUAGAUAAUCUAAAACUGCUCCUUGAAUUUAAGAAUUAAGUUUAAUAGAUGCCAUUUAAGCUUUAAUUUGUUAUG